UUCCAAAAUCCAAAAUGGCGGGAGGAGGGCUGCACAGUUCAGUGUUCCUUGUAAUGGUUUCUGGGCAGAUCGAGUCGGCACACUUCCCAGAAUUCGACGACCUUUAUUGCAAGAUGGCGUUUUGUUAUGGUCCCGAUUGGGUUGUUACAUCUGGAUGGGAGGAAGGCAUAUCACAAAUCACCAAAAAGAGYAUGGAYAGACGACAAGUUGUUGUGUGGAAUUUCCCUCUUGAUGUGACAUUCAAAAGCACUAGUCCUUAUGGCUGGCCCCAACUAGUCAUAAGUUGCUAUGGUUUGGACGUUUUUGGACAUGAUGUUGUUAGGGGUUAUGGUGCCGUGCAUGUGCCAACUUCACCAGGAAGCCACACAAGAGAAGUCUCAAUGUUCGUACCAGAGUCAUCGUCAAAGUUACAAAAAUUUACCAGUUGGUUUUUGGGAAGAAGACCUGAAUUUGUUGAUCCUAAAGUUAUAACUACAGGAGAAGGACGUGAAGUAACAAGAGUCAGAUCCCAAGGAACUGUCAAAGUCACUUUCAAUGUUAUCACCAGAGAUAUGAAGAAACUAGGUUAUGACACAGAGGCUGCUAGUGUAUCUAUUCCACACAUGGGAGGAUCUGGUGGCAACAACACCAUUAGACCAGAAGCAGCAACAGAAAGUCAUUCAUGAUUUUUAACCAUUCUUAUUUAUGGAUAUAUGGAAUGUAAAUAAUUGUAUAGCUAAAGUAUUUAUAGAAAUAAAGAAAAUGCACUCA